GCGUGUGGAGUUUAAGAAGUUAGUUUUUUUUUAACAAUUUGAUCUUGCUGCCUUGCAGUCUGACAACUACAACAUCUCGAUCUUCUUCUUUCUCCCAUUGUUUGGACCAUUUUUUUGCGUCUUUUGGUGUUGUUACUGGAGUCUAGACAACCAAGAAGAGGCUACAAGAAAAGGCUCCUAGUACCAAAAUGAUUUCAUUUCGACAAUUGCACUAGCGACACCCUGCCAUGGUAUCUUGCAACAGAGGCUCGCAUACCCCAGCAGGACGUGAUUGAUGACGUUUUCCUUCCGACGUCGAUUGUGCAGGUCGUAAACGUCUAAUACACCAACACCUGGCAAGAACAACAUCAACACGAUGGACACAGCAUUCGCGGAUUUUACGCGGAUUGCGCCGCCGCCACCCAAGAAGGAGAAGCGGAAGACGAGCCACGAUGUCCUUGUUCGAAACCCCUUCAUGAAGGAGUUCAAGUUAUGCUGGCGGAAUGCAAACCACUUAGAAAUAACUGUAGUUUUUUCUAGUUCGUUUUCUUCUGAAUAUUUAAAUUUAUUUCCUGUUUCUUAUCCUUGCACAACUUGCUCUACGUCUACUUGCAAUGGGUAGAAAGAAGCAUAUUUAGUGUUCCUCUAGCUCUAUCUCUUUCCUCACUAGGCGCGCGUCCUCCUUCUUGUUGCCUACCUACUAGUACUGAGUAUGUCUCGCCUGCUCCACACUGAAUCUGAAUUCUCCUCUAACGGUCGCUUCUGACGCGGGUGCUUUUGAUUUUCCGAAAUGGAGCGACGAUGGCCCCCUGGGGGAUGCGGCAGAAGCCGCCAUGCUUUUUGGCUCGAAACCGGAUGGAAAGCGGGCGAUGAGUCAACAUGCUGGAACGAAACUACUUGAGCAAAUGGACACUUUGGAGGAUGAAUUGGUUGUCCGUCUGGCUGAGAUGUUGGAGAAUAUUCGAAGCAAAUUUGCAGCAGAGAAAAACGACUUGGCGAAAGUUAUGAUGUAAUGUAGUGUAAUCAUGAUUGUUCACAUGCGUUUUCUUCAAUGAACUCAAAAAGAUGCGGUCUGAUUUGACAGGACGCCUUCUACAUGAAAACUGGACACCUUCACUUCAAAUUGAACACGACGAGGAACAACUCUAGCACCACUUGCAUAGAAAUCACUUCGAUUAUUUUUGCGUACAGUAGUCUGAUCCAAAUCCAAAAACCUACAAGUACAACCGAUAAUUCUAAUCUCCACGUCGAGCGAUACGCGAGAAUCGAAAGAGAAGCAGCUGCGACAGCGAAGGAAUAUGAUAAGCGCUUGCUGCCAAUGGACAAGUUUGCUUUCGAAAAAAAAGAAUUCGAUAUGGCGAUUGAAACUUUUCAGGUAUAUUCGAUGCAUAGAUUUGAAGAGUUAUAUUUUGGUUUCGUAGUCUUAGUGUCGUAGUCGGUCUGGUCUUACGUUUUACCGUUCAUUCCAAAAUGUUUUCCAAGCAUACUGCACACGCCCUGAUGAAGAGCUAUACGACCCUUUUGCAUGCCUGCUACAGAAUCUCAAAUGUUUUUCCAUUUUUGACAAUACUAACUAAUCAUUGAUGCAAUCAAAGUGUAUGUUGAUGCACCAACAAGCAACCAACAUUCACCUCGAAAGGCCCGACUCCAACAAGUCGAGAAGCAAAAGGAAGAACUAAUCGUAAUUCUGGAUACCUAUCAGAAUGGGCAUAUGCCGCGUGUUGACGCGGCGAUGGAGGAAUUGGAGCAAUUUCGAGGCGAGCAUGAACAGAUUUUGAAUGUUAGGAUGUGAAGAUGGGUGCUGGUCGUCGUAUUUGCAAUAUUUUAGAUCGUAUAUUACAAGACCUAAGUACAAGUUGAAAAAUCCUGUUCGAGGAUUGUCACGUGCUGCAACUGGUGCACACUCGCACUCUAAACUUCAGACGAACAGAAUGCUCGAAGGGGAGAAGCGAGCCAUGCUACAGGGAUUAGAAGCUUUGCGGCAAGAGAAAAUAGACAUCAUGGAAAGGGAUGACGAAACCGUUUUCCGGCAGAUGGAGAUUAUCAGUAAGAUGGAUACGGAAUUUUAUGGCAAGAGGCUCAUAGUACUGGUAAUUCAUCCCAACAGGAGAGCACUACAGAUGAAACAGAUCAUCGCGGCCGCUUCCUUGUUAUUUCUGGUAAUAUGCAAGUCCAUCUACUACUUGGGCACUUUUUCUCAUUGAAAAAAUGAUGACCACUAGAACCUAAGUCUGGAGAUGAAGAUGUUGAAAUUGGACAUCAUCUAUCUCUAGUAUUGCGACCACGACCUGCACCUCUUCUGUACCUGUUUCUAACCCGGGGCAAAAGCUAUCGGGGAAGUGAGCUAUCUCACGCACGAUCACACAUCGCUUUGUGGACAGAACGAAGCGCUACGACAGCUGUUGGCUCAGAACGGAAUCGAUGUACCUGAGUACUUGAUCGGCAAAGGAACACGAAGAUUCAAUUAAGGCUCGAUCCGAUUGCGAAAAAAUAGAUGAAGAAGAUUAGAUUUAAUAGAUCAAAUCAAUAGAUUUGUACUAAUAACGUUGGUUUUCUAUUUCUUUCUGUUUGAUUGACACCAGCAGAGUAUCUUUUUUUAUGAAGUCCUCGGGUUCUUGGUCUUCUUUGGUCAGUCAUCCUCGGUUCAAGUCAUCACUUCUACCAACGGCCACUUUCUUCUUCUUCCUUCUUAGGGGAACGGUCAUGCAUUCUCUUCUGUAGUUUGCUUCUUGGAACGAUUGCGAAGAAACGAUGGGAAGAAGUGAAGAUUUUCUUUUCUUGCUUCCUCCUUUCUUAGGAUAAUUCUAAUGUUCACCAGAAUCGCAUCAAUCAGACGCGAAGAUACAUUCCUCUGCCAAUGGAUAUCGUCAAGAGGAUUUGCUAUGGCUUCCUGUAAUAUUUCGACCUCAACAUAGUGCUCCUCCUCGUCGUCAAGCAUCAUGAGGUGAACAAGGCGUUCACUUGCGAGCUUCAUCAUUACAUAUUCGUGUUGAUAAGACUUUUACUUUACUACUACCUAGGAGUAGGACAACUAGCUCAAGCCUCCUGACAGGGCCAGAGCGUGCACGACUACAAACUAGUACUGUACUGCUUAACUUGUACAACUCCUUUCCGAAAGUUUAUGUAAGUACAACAUGUUUCAUCAUGUAGUACGCAGAGGACUAACUAGAUACUUCUACUUCUUUGUUUACGGAGACAACUAACAUAUACAUAGACAGACUCAGACAUCUACUUGAAGAAGUCUUCUUCUAACCCUUGGCAGUGAGGUGGAUUUGGGUGCGCUGGCGGUGAAUGAACCCGUCGAGGAGGAAGAGGUGAUGUCCGAUGCCGAUGUAGAGGAUGACAGCAUGGAUGAUGACGAAGCCGGUUUGUCACAAAGUCAAGCAAGAAUCAUGGAAUUCUUAUGGCUUCAUGGGUUCGUUUAGGGUUUAGGGUGUAGUGCUGAAGAAGAUUACUGUGAUUUUACUCAUUCUUCUCAUGAUCUCAUGAUACUGUUACUGACUCUUACACUUGUUACUCUCCUCAUAAUAUAACACUUUCGAAUUGGUGUCCUCCAUUGUGGGGUUGUACAACCCAGACUUCUCUAAUGCCUGACGCAGAUGAUUUUCCAGAAGAUACAGAUGCUGAGGACGACUUUUCUCAUGCUGCUUUUGCUGCCCCCUUAGGGUUCGGGUGGUGGGGUCAGCUCAUGGCGUGGGUCAUAAAAUUACGACUGCUGCUGGCUAAUAUUUAUAUCCAACUAGAACUACUCUAGGACGUCGGUGGUCUUGCAGACAUAUUAACUACCACUUCUACUGCUUGUGCUCCAUCACACUUUUGUUGUAGCUCCUUUAUGGGGUCUUAUCGCAGCUCUACUACAAGAAGAUUUGAAUUUUCUAUACCUCCAAACCGCGAGCGCAAUACUCGACGAACUACCCGUAAAACCCUCUAUUCUAACGAAACUGCUGCAAGGGGUGAAACUUCCUCCAGUGGGGACAAAAACGCCCUAUGGUUUAGGCUGUCGAAGUAUGAAAAUUGGAUUCACUUUUCAGGACAAUCCGGAGACGGAGGUUUUUGUCGCAGAUUACUACGCCAGGAUGACAGAUGACAUCAGGAAAGCCACAUCUAUUGACGAAAACUCAUCCUGGAUGACGAAGGAAGUCACAUGUAUUUUGUCCUUCUUUAGAUGUAUUUUUGUUCCUUGUUGCUUCUGAGGACGUGGGUGCCGAUGAAGGGAAUAACCUGUACUUUUUUUAUCGUCUAAGUUUGUGCAUUCUACGUAGGUGGAGGAAGUUCAAGAACGACUACUUUUCACUUGUUCUACAACCCAAGAUAUGUCAUAGAUUAAGGCAGUCUUCACUGUACUACCUGGUGCGAGAUUCGUUGUAUUGUAUUGUAUCUCUAUCUAUUGUAUUGUGUCGUAUCUACCGUUGUAUUGUAUAUAUAAUUGUAUUGUAUGAAGAUGUCAUAUUAGCUGUGUGUCACAUAUUACUCGGUAAAAAAGGGUAGUUCGCUGCAGCUUGUUCAACCUCCACUUCCACAAGCUCCACAACAACAAUGAAUGCUACGGACGACGACACCACCUUUUUCACUCACCUCUAUAACCACUUCUACAGGUAAGGAGAUGAGAGCUGCAGAAACCGAUGAGGGUGGACUGAGAAUGUGGACGCCAGAUGGGCACGUUCUCUUCUGCAAAACCAGUGGACACUUCAUGCGACCAUUUCUUUAAGGACAGAACGACAAGUAAUUUUUUGGUAAUUGUUUUUUUACAUGAUACGACGGAGACGGACGAUAGAAUGGCCAUCGUCUCUAAUAUCUUCUUGCCGAAAUAAGUUACUACAAGUAGACAAUCUUGCAUAUUAUCGACGUAGACUACACUGAUAUGGCUACAACAUUGCGCUCAUCUCAGAGGUGAUCUCUCGUCUUCCCUACUGAUGCUCCGAAUCUAAUCCACAGAAACAGACUUCUAUCCGAAGUACGUAAAGCACAUGCAGGAAAACGGAAAGCAGACCUUCUUGAUCCACUUCUACUACUUUCUCAAGGUCCACGUACCGGAAUUCGAUCACGAGUGUUGUUUUGUGGUGACAAACCAUCCAGCUGGAACCGCGAUGAUCGCAGGAAAUGGACCAGGACAAGCAGGAAAACUACUUGCGGAGCAUCAAUUUCUACUCCGUGGAAAAAAAGCAGAAAAUUAUGACUGUUACUUUCUUGGUUGGAGGUUCCUGUUCUUCUAUAGUACACGCAAAUCAGCUUACUUCUUAUACAUAGUUUUUGCUGCUCAAUCAUGGCUGUAAUAAAUCUUCCUCGCUGGAAUCAUAAAAGUACAACCAAUCUAUACGCAUACCUAGUAAAAACUUUGCUCAAAAACAGAUGGAUAUCCCACAAUUUCUACUCAUCCACCUACUCCUCUUCUCCUCCUUCAUCUUCGCGCGGGCCGCAACAGGCGUUUACAUCCGCAUGCUUUGCUAGAUGCCGAUUUCCAAGACCAGUUUAAACAUUUCCAAGAUUUUCAUUCAGAGAAUGAACUAGAAGGAAUGCUGAGGGCUUUGAUUAAGGCUAGUACCGUUAAACGAGCUGGUUGUACUAACUAACCUAGAUUAAGUAGAUACUUGGCAAGUCCAAGUCCUUGAAUCUUCUUUUUCUAUAGUUGAAAAAGAAGCACCCACGGAUGCUCCAUAAUCCUUGAAACUUCUUUUUCUAUAGUUUUGUUCGUAAGAUGAAGCCGAAGCCCCACCCAAACCCAAAGGAUAAAAAUCUCAUGACUCUCAAAUCAAAGAGAGCAAAGUCAGAGGCGCGUCUUAUACGAUACUAGCUCUAAUUUGAACGACGACAUAGAUUUCCUAGAGCAAACUGCAAUGAGGGUUGGUUACGGCGCAGUCGUUUGCUUCGUAGAGCUGGACCCAGAUGAGGAACGAGCUCGUAUGAAGGCCACGGACGCAAAGAAACAGGAGAAACUUUAUGAUUUUUCAGGUUCAUGCGGUAUGAACUCAAAAUACUCAACAUACAUUAUCUGGUACUCCAAACAUCAUUUGUCUGUAUAAUAUUAUACUUGAUGUAGUAAUUCUUGUACUGCUUGCGCAACAAGCUCAAGGUUAAGCAUGCCUGCUAAGAAAGACUCACACCAGCGACGACGAUCACUCUCAACACAGCUUCAAUCGUCCUCCUCUGCAACUCCAUCUCCAUCUAUGUAGCUGAUCCUCUCCAUCCCCAUCUCAGCAUCAACAUCAACAUCACUCUAUUUUUAGAUUUUUCUACGACCGUCAAGCUUUUACUCCCUAUUAGAGUCUAAUCCCUCCACGGUCGUAGGGUAUUUGCGAAUCGGUUGGUUCAGCAUGGCACAGUUGCCUGCGACGGAAACGACCACAAGACGUGGGCUAUUGUCAUUGCCUUGCAAGAUCUCUACAUGUUAAGGCUUGCCGUCGCCGUAAUUCAUCCUACAUAAGAGACAUCAAAAAUCUUCGUUACGUUUUGUUUUCAAGGGUAAACCAGGAAAUCAUCCUAAAUAUUGAAGACGAAGACGAAGAGGUAUAAAAAUGAUAAUAUUUGACCACGUAACUACUGUUUAUUUGCAAGAGAAGAAAAACCAAGACCAACGGUCAAAGAAAACUUCCAAGAUGAAUUUAGCUAAAAAAAGCCUCUAAGUAGGGCAGCGAAGACACCAGAACUUGCUACAGGCUACGCCGAUGCUUUUUCCGUUGCUUUAGAUCUUAUGGCCUUGGCUUCGUGCUUGUAGGAUGAAUAGAAGAACCGCGAGACGUCCAUAUCGUCCAAAUAGAAAUCCCUCCAAUUAUUAUUCCAAUGCCUAUACAGUAUUCACCUCCUUGCCUCUACUGCUUUGAAUUCCUUUUCCUUCUGCUUCUUUAUGAAAAGAACAUCUGUUAUCAUUAUCAUAUUUUUCUUCUCCAGAAACUUGAUAAUGAUAGCUACAGACUUAAAUAAUCUCUUCAUUUGAUUCUUCUUUCUUCUAAUAGGAGCUACUUUUUGACGAGAGAGCGACUCGAGAAACUAGAGGUUGGCGCGACUACAGACGACACGCCAGAGGACGAUGGAAUCAUGUUGGAGGAAGAGGCGGUCGAGGAGGCAAUCUUAUGGGAUAGCAGAACUGUCGUAUUUGUACUCGUUAUAUUCGAAGUGGAAGUCUUGAAAUAACCAAAUUUUGAUCAUCCUAUACAAGAUGAAUGGUUCUGGUAUUUUUGGUAUAGCCUGAAUUUGAUCAUAAGGGAAAACAAGAAGAGAACCCUUAGGAUCAAAUUCAGGCUAUACCAAAAAUACCAGAACCAUACACAAGAACACUGAUCCGCUAUCUUCAUAUUGAUCCGCUACAUUCAUUUUUAUCGAGGACUUGCUAAGUAUGAACCGAGUUGCUAACUGAAAUAAGGGAGAUAGCUUUGACAGGGCUACUCUUUCCUUGUUGUUGUUCAGUAUCUUGGUUAUAAUUCUGAUCAGUUGCUUAUUUCAGUUUAUCGAAUAUUCAUCUUGAUUUUCAUCCUAUACGUUUGAUGCGCAUACUGUUCCUCAAUAGAAGUUGCUAUUAAAAAUUUCCAUUUCCUGUUUUUGUUGAGCACAGACAGUGACAGUGGAGAAAAAAAGGUAGAUGUAGCCACGACCUUCGAUGCUAGUACAUCAUGCGAUGGCUGCUCUCUUCUAACACCUGAAGAAAUCCUUGAAGAGGAGUUUACCGAAGAAAUCGAAGAUGAGGAAGACGACCAAGAACCUCAACAAAGAAAUCAGAGCCCUGGCCAGAUCACGAUUACGAUCACGACUGAGGAAGAGGAGGAAGAAGAAGAGUACGAAGACUAAGAAGGAUGACACGAAGAAAAAGAGGAAGGACGACAACGCUACACGUGACUUGAAGAAGAAGAAGAACAAGAGGCAGAUCAUGAAGCUACAGGUCUAAAGAAGAGGAACAAGAAGCAGAAUUUCGACAACUGCGUUUUUUUUUGAUGAACGGAACGUUAUUAAGUUAGUAUCUACUAGUACUAGAGGCUUGUACAACUUGCUUUCUUCCAAGAAGUCGCCCUAGUAAAAGAAACCUUGAUGACAUCAUCAUUGAUUUGUACAAGCUUGCACAGGUGGAGGUGAACCAAGAAAAUGAAGUAAGAGGGGGCGAAGGAAUAU